AUGUGGACGCAAGAAGCACUCGAUCAUUUAAAUAAAGAAAUGAAUAAAACAUCUCGAAAUAAAAUUCAUAUUUUAGAUUAUCUUAUUUAUAUAACAUCACAACUCCGUCUCAUAUUCAUGAUAAUAAAUACAAAAAUUUAUUAUGAAAUUAUUAGAAAAAAUCGAAGAUUAACUGAACAAGAACGCAAAAGUGAUAUAAAUACGAAUGAUAAACAAAAUUUAAAAUUAUUUCGAACAGUUACACAAACGAAAAAUGCUAAAAUAAAUAAUGUAAGAUCCGAUGAUUAUUUCGAAGAAUGAAAUCGUAUAGCUACAUGGUUAAUUUAUUUGAGUAAUGUCGAACAAAGUGAUGCAACAGUUUUUCCUGUAGUUGACGAUCAUUUGAAACCAAAAAGAAGAAGUGCUGCAUUUUAG